CGAAGGGAGGAAUGCAGGUGUCAUUGUUUGUCUUAUCCGGAAGACUCAGCAGUUAUUGGUCAUCAAAGAAAAAAAUGUUCAUUUUUCGGCAACCUUCUUCAAGUAAAGCCAACCAUCAUUCAUAGAAUAUCUUAUUACUCAUUUCACCAAAAUAUUUUGACCCUUCCCAGCACUUAGUCAUUGGCAUAUACUGCGGUUUUCAAAUUACUCAUUUCCACUCAUCUACUUUCAUUCCUACCAUGGCAGCAGAAAUGGUUGCUGGUGCUCUUGUUUCUACUUUCGUUCAGAAGACAAUUGACAGUUUGGCUUCUCGUUUUGUGGACUACUUUCGUGGAAGAAAACUCAAUAAGAAGCUGCUGAGCAAAAUCAAGGUGAAGCUACUAGCCAUCGAUGUUCUUGCUGAUGAUGCUGAACUUAAGCAGUUCAGAGAUGCACGUGUCAGAGAUUGGCUUUUUAUGGCCAAAGAUGUAGUGUUUGAAGCAGAGGAUCUCUUGGCUGAUAUAGACUAUGAACUCUCCAAAUGCCAAGUAGAAGCUGAAUCCCAGCCCAUUCUUAACCAGGUGAGCAAUUUCUUCAGACCUUCUUCUUUGAGCUCUUUUGACAAGGAAAUUGAAUCAAGGAUGGAACAAAUCCUUGAUGACCUGGAUGAUCUUGAAAGCCGAGGUGGUUAUCUAGGUUUGACAAGGACCAGUGGUGUUGGGGUUGGAUCAGGAUCGGGUAGUAAAGUGUUAGAGAAAUUGCCAUCAGCAUCUUCGGUGGUAGAAAGUGAUAUUUAUGGCAGAGAUGAUGACAAAAAAUUGAUCUUGGACUGGAUCACUUCUGACACUGAUGAAAAGCUAUCAAUACUUUCUAUCGUGGGCAUGGGCGGGUUGGGUAAGACCACGCUUGCCCAACUUGUAUACAAUGACCCAAGAAUAGUGAGUAAGUUUGAUGUCAAAGCUUGGAUCUGUGUUUCAGAGGAAUUUGAUGUUUUCAACGUAUCAAGAGCAAUUCUUGACACGAUUACUGAUUCGACUGAUCAUGGUAGAGAGCUAGAAAUAGUUCAGAGAAGACUAAAAGAAAAUUUGGCAGAUAAAAAAUUUCUCCUCGUUUUGGAUGACAUUUGGAACGAAAGCAGGCUUAAAUGGGAAGCUGUGCAGAAUGCUCUUGUUUGUGGAGCUCAGGGAAGUAAGAUCCUUGUCACAACACGCAGUGAGGAAGUUGCUUCUACCAUGAGGUCAAAAGAACACAAGCUGGAGCAAUUACAAGAAGAUUAUUGCUGGCAAUUGUUCGCAAAACAUGCAUUCAGAGAUGAUAAUCUUCCACGAGAUCCAGUAUGCCCAGAGAUUGGUAGGAAGAUUGUUAAAAAAUGUAAAGGACUUCCUCUGGCCUUGAAGUCAAUGGGAAGUCUAUUACACAACAAACCAUUUGCCCGGGAAUGGGAAAGCGUGUUGCAAAGUGAAAUAUGGGAAUUAAAGGAUAGUGGUAUUGUUCCUGCUUUAGCAUUGAGCUAUCACCACCUUCCUCCCCAUCUCAAGACAUGCUUUGCUUACUGUGCUUUAUUCCCCAAGGAUUAUGAGUUUGACAAGGAGUGUUUAAUUCAGUUGUGGAUGGCUGAAAAUUUCCUACACUGCCAUCAAGGCAGUAAGAGUCCAGAAGAAGUUGGCCAGCAGUACUUCAAUGAUUUACUAUCAAGGUCCUUCUUUCAACAAUCAAGCAUAUUUGAAGGAUUUGUCAUGCAUGACCUUCUAAAUGAUUUGGCAAAAUAUGUUUGUGGGGACAUCUAUUUCAGGUUGAGAGUUGAUCAAGCAAAAUGUACACAGAAAACAACCCGUCAUUUUUCAGUUUCAAUGAUUACGGAACGAUAUUUUGAUGAGUUUGGAACUUCAUGUGAUACUAAAAAAUUGCGUACAUUUAUGCCAACAAGCUGGAGAAUGAAUGAAAAUCACUCGAGUUGGAAUUGCAAGAUGUCGAUACAUGAAUUGUUCUCCAAGUUGAAGUUCUUACGCGUCUUAUCUCUGUCUCACUGUUUAGACAUUAAAGAGCUGCCUGACUCUGUUUGCAAUUUUAAACAUCUUCGUUGGUUAGACCUUUCCCAUACUGACAUUGAAAAACUACCUGAAUCCACAUGUUCACUCUACAACUUGCAAAUACUGAAGUUGAAUGAUUGUAGACAUUUGAGGGAGCUGCCCUCAAAUUUGCAUGAACUCACCAAUUUGCAUCGCCUUGAAUUUGUAAAUACUGAAAUUAUAAAGGUGCCACCGCAUCUGGGAAAGCUGAAGAAUCUUCAAGUAUCCAUGAGUUCUUUUCAUGUUGGCAAACGUAGUGAGUUCACCAUUCAGAAAUUCGGAGAGCUCAAUCUUCUUCAUGAAAGAUUAUCAUUUAGGGAGCUGCAGAAUAUUGAGAAUCCCUCAGAUGCAUUAGCUGCAGAUUUGAAAAAUAAAACACACCUUGUGGAACUAGAGUUUGAAUGGAAUUCACACCGAAACCCUGAUGAUUCUGCCAAAGAAAGGGAUGUAAUUGUAAUUGAGAAUCUACAACCUUCCAAACACCUGAAGGAGUUAUCAAUCAUCAACUAUGGUGGUAAACAAUUCCCAAAUUGGUUAUCCGAUAAUUCUUUAUCAAAUGUGGUGUCCUUAGAGUUGAACAACUGUCAAUCUUGCCAACAUUUGCCUUCCCUUGGACUUUUGCCAUUUCUCAAGAACCUUAAGAUUUCAAGUCUUGAUGGGAUAGUGAGCAUUGGUGCUGAUUUUUAUGGUAAUAGCACUUCUUCAUUUCCAUCGUUGGAAAGAUUGAAGUUCUCCUCUAUGAAAGCAUGGAAAAAAUGGGAAUGUGAAGCUGUGACAGGUGCUUUUCCGUGUCUUCAAUAUCUUUCUAUAAAGAAAUGUCCAAAGCUGAAAGGUGACCUCCCAGAGCAACUUCUUCCUUUAAAGGAGCUAGAAAUUAGUGACUGCAAACAACUUGAGGCUUCAGCUCCCAGGGCACUAAAACUAAACCUAGAAGACUUUGGAAAGCUGCAAAUUGACUGGGCUUCUUUGAAAAAGCUCAGAAUGGGCGGACACAGCAUGGAAGCAUCGUUGCUUGAAAAGUCUGAUACUUUGAAAGAACUGGAAAUUUAUUGUUGCCCGAAACAGAUGCAGCCUGGUGUAAUGUUUUGCGAUUGUGAAAUGAGUGAUGAUGGCUGUGACUCUCUAAAGACUUUUCCGCUAGAUUUCUUCCCAGCACUCACGAUCCUUUUUCUCGGUGGCUUUCGUAAUCUACAGAUGAUUACACAGGAUCACACCCUUAAUCAUCUUGAAAGUCUGGGAUUCGCUAACUGCCCUCAGUUAGAAUCAUUGCCUGGAAGCAUGCAUAUACUGCUUCCAUCUCUGAAGCAGCUAGUAAUAUAUGAUUGUCCAAGAGUUGAGUCGUUCCCUGAAGGAGGUUUGCCAUCAAAUCUUAAAGAGAUGGGACUCUAUAAAUGCUCCUCCGGACUCAUGGCCUCACUGAAAGGGGCUUUGGGAGACAAUCCCCCUCUGAAAACCUUGGGGAUAGGAAAGCUGGAUGCGGAAUCUUUUCCUGAUGAAGGUUUACUGCCACUCUCUUCUAUUAAUCUAAGCAUAUAUGGUUUUCGAAAUCUGAAAAAACUGGACUACAAGGGGCUCUGUCAGCUCUCCUCUCUCAAGGAAUUGAAUAUUAUAGACUGCCCCAACCUCCAACAGCUACCCGAGGAGGGUCUUCCCAAAUCCAUUUCACAUCUUGGUAUUGGAGGCUGCCCCAACCUCAAGCAGCGAUGCCAGAACCCAGAAGGCGAAGACUGGCCAAAGAUUGCUCACAUUCCAACCGUGAGUAUUUGGUAUGAUAGUGAUGCUGAUUUGUAAGAAUUAUCAUGAAACUUUUCCUUUUUUAGUUGAUCUGAAUUAUCAUGAACCUUCUACACGGUUUGUGCUUCAAGGAAAUUAUUAAAUAAUUGUUUUCUUACACUUACAUAGUUAUAUAUGCAUUGUGUGCGAGUCUUUUUAGUA